GAAAGCAAGCGCCAUCGUAGGAAAAUCUUGUUUAUUUUUAUGAUAAAUUAAUUAUAAAUGCGAUUUAUUAAUGGGUGAUUAAAGUGUACAUCGUAUUCACGUUACGAUGAAGAAAGAAAGAACGGGCGACAAUUGUCGUCCAUUCAAAUUAGCCCACCAGAUUUUGAGCUUGACUGGUAUAAGUUUCGAAAGGCGAAGUAUUAUUGGGUUCGUUGAAUUGACGGUAGUGCCGUUGAAGGACAACUUGAGAUACAUACGUCUCAAUGCUAAACAGUGUCGUAUAUACAGAGUUUGUCUAAAUGACCAAUAUGAAGCUAACUUCCAGUAUUGCGAUCCAUUUUUGGAUAUUUGUCAAGCAGACCCAAAUGCGAGAUCUUUGGAAAUGUUUUCCCAAUGCCACCUUCAGGCAGCACAGAAGAUAGAUCCCGACCACAACUCCGGUGAACUCCACAUCCAAGUGCCGGAGGAUGCCGCACAUUUGGUGGGCGAAGGUCGGGGACUCCGUAUUGGGAUUGAGUUCUCUCUGGAGUCCCCUCAGGGAGGCAUGCAUUUUGUAGUGCCAGAGGGAGAAGGGACUUUGGUUGAGAAAUCAGCUCACAUGUUCACCUAUGGCCAUUCAGCACGACUCUGGUUUCCUUGUGUGGACAGUUUUGCUGAGCCUUGUACGUGGAAGCUAGAGUUUACAGUAGAUGAGUCCCUGACUGCCGUAUCUUGUGGAGAACUGCUGGACGUGGUGUACACUCCAGACCACAGGAGGAAAACAUUCCAUUAUGUCGUUAAUACGCCUGCCUGUGCGCCGAACAUUGCUUUGGCUAUUGGACCAUUUGAAUCAUAUGUGGAUCCACACAUAAACGAAGUGACUCACUACUGUCUGCCAAAUCUAAUGCAGAUAUUGAAGAAUACUGUCCGAUAUGUGCACGAAGCAUUUGGGUUUUAUGAAGAAACACUCUCCACUCGAUAUCCUUAUCCUUGUUAUAAGCAGGUCUUUGUUGAUGAGACCGAGCAUGACACAACAGCCUACACAACAAUGUCAAUCAUGAGCACCCACUUACUCCACUCAAUCGCUAUCAUAGACCAGACUUACAUAAGCCGUAAAGCCAUGGCUCAAGCUGUGGCAGAGCAAUUCUUCGGCUGCUUCAUCACUAUGCAGAACUGGUCAGAUCUGUGGCUUGCCAAAGGAAUACCAGACUAUCUUUGUGGCCUAUACUCUAAAAAAUGUUUCGGGAACAACGAGUAUAGGUAUUUGAUUCAUCAGGAACUGCAGGAGGUUGUUGCUUAUGAAGAACAGUACGGUGGCAUUGUCCUGGAUCCGUGGCAGCCGCCGGCCAGUGGCGCUCGGGUUGAGAUGAAAGAUGUUUUCUAUUUCCCAGUGAGGAAUGUUCAUACUAUGUCUCCGCGGUACAUUGAGGUGAUGCGCAAGAAAUCCCACCUCGUAUUGCGAAUGUUAGAACAACGUAUUGGCCAAGAGUUGUUACUCCAAGUAUUCAACAAGCAACUGUCUCUCGCCACCAAUGCCGCCAACACAAAGAUCGGUAGUGGAAUGUGGAGUCACCUACUGUUGUCUACCAACCUGUUCGUGAAAGCUAUAUUCACGGUGACAGGCAAAGAUAUGGCAGUCUUCGUUGAUCAGUGGGUGCGAACCGGAGGACAUGCCAAGUUUCAGCUUACCUCUGUAUUCAAUAGGAAAAGGAACACAGUAGAACUUGAAAUCCGUCAAGACUGCGUUCACGAGCGGGGUAUCAGGAAGUAUGUUGGGCCUUUACUGGUCCAACUACAGGAGCUAGACGGCACAUUCAAACACACCCUCCAAAUUGAGAACACUGUAGUCAAAGCAGACAUCACGUGCCACAGCAAGAGUAGAAGGAAUAAGAAGAAGAAGAUUCCACUGUGUACCGGGGAAGAAGUUGAUAUGGAUCUGUCGGCGAUGGACGACUCCCCAGUACUUUGGAUCCGCCUGGACCCCGAGAUGUCCCUCCUCCGAAGCACGGUGAUAUCGCAGCCGGACUACCAAUGGCAGUACCAGUUACGUCACGAGCGCGACGUUACAGCUCAGAGCGAGGCUAUAGACGCGCUGCAUAACUUCCCUGAGCCGGCUACAAGGAAGGCGUUAACGGAUACCAUAGAGAAUGAACAGUGCUUUUACAAGAUUAGGUGCAAAGCUGCACACUGUUUGACAAAGGUAGCAAAUGCAAUGAUAAGUUCGUGGGCGGGCCCGCCGGCUAUGCUGACGAUAUUCCGCAAGAUGUUCGGCUCGUUCUCCGCGCCUCACAUCAUCAAACAGAACAACUUUGACAACUUGCAGCACUACUUCCUGCAGAAGACCAUCCCUGUUGCUAUGGCAGGUCUCCGCAACAUUCACGGUAUAUGCCCUCCAGAAGUGGUGCGGUUCUUACUGGACCUGUUCAAGUAUAAUGACAACUCAAAGAACCACUACUCGGACAACUACUACAAGGCGUCGCUGGUGGACGCCUUGGCUGCGACUAUCACGCCUGUCAUAUCUGUCUUGCAGCCGGGCGCACCAAUAACAGCGGAUUCUCUAUCAGCUGAUACAAAAUUGGUUCUUGAGGAAAUUACUCGGGUACUGAAUUUGGAGAAAGUGUUGCCAUGCUACAAAAACACGAUCACAGUCAGCUGUUUGCGUGCUAUACGGAGGAUGCAACAGUGUGGCCAUCUACCUAGCAUUCCGACAAUAUUUAGAGCGUACGCCCAGUACGGAAUGUAUAUUGACGUGCGGCUAGGCGCGUUUGAAUGCCUAGUGGACUUCGUGCGAGUGGACGGCAAGCCAGAAGACCUAGCAUCUCUCCUAUCUGCCGUGGAGAGCGACCAAGACCCUGGCGUGAGGCACGGGCUCGCCAGAUUACUGAUCAAUAACCCGCCGUUUGAACGAGCGCAGAGACAUAGACUGGACACUGAAGCUGUCGUCCACAGACUAUGGAACAACAUAAACAGCCAUCUGUCGAACGACGCGAGACUGCGUUGCGACCUCGUAGACUUAUACUACACUCUUUACGGAAACAAACGACCAAUAUGCGUACCCCUACCGGAGAUACAGGCCAUGAUGAAACAGAUGCACAACAAGGAACGCGAACGGCUGGAGAGGGAGAGGGAACUGAAAGAGAAAGAGAGGCAGAAAGAAAUAGAGUUGAAGCCUGUUAUCAAACAGGAGAUAGAUGAUGUAAAAUAUGAGUCUGAAGUGGGCCCGAUGGAAGAGGCGCCUCCACUGAAUACUGGUGUUUCUGCUAUCAAGGAGGAACUACUGCCGGUGCCACUUUCCAGCAUAAAGGAAGAAGACGUCAGAAUUGACGUCACGUCCGUGCAGGAUAUGCCGAUCCGGGUGUACAGCGACGACUCCAAACGCGAGUUUAUAUCGGACAACGCGGUGCCACUGCCUGGAAUCACGGGGUCUUUAGGCCCUAUUGGCUUCGAACCAGGGAUGUUCAGACACGAUAAGGAUGACCUAGGAGGCCCCAAGCCCAAGAAGAAGAAGAAAGACAAGAAGAAACACAAGCACAAACAUAAACACAAACACAGCAGUAAGGACAAGUCAUCAAAGGACAAAUCUCUGGACUAUAAGGACAGAUCUCUGGGGUCAUUCCCCUCUCGGCCGCCGUCAAGUACUGAACACCUGAAGAUUAAGGAGGAAACCAGAGAGACGUUCAGUUCGUUUAGCUCAAGCCAAAGUCCUUCUGAGGAUAUGUCGUCAAUGCAAAGCAACAUGACGUUCUAGAUCUAAGAUUAUGCUAUAGUAAGUACCACACCUUGGGUUGUACAGAGAAGCGAAACCACGAGUUCAAACAAUGCGAACGAAAGACAGAGACAGUGCAAGUAAUGCUCAAGAUAGAAAGAGAUAGAUUGCAGUGGGUUACCCUGCUGCCGCGUAAACCCAGCGCAAGUACCAUCAGGCGCUUUAUAGUAGUCAGAUUAUAAUAGUGAGUGCACGUGUGUGGUUGCCAGCCUACGUGGCAUAAGGACUAGUGUCAUAUUGGAAUCUAUAAUUAAGUGAGCGAGAUAGCAAUAAGGAAAUUACAAUAUACUCGAAAGAGCAAGUUGUAUUUUGUAGGCACUUGUAACUUUUUUGAACGGAAAAAAUAUUUACCAGUUUCGUAGAAGAUCAAUGGUGCUGAUUCCAGUAUACACCGUCUAAUUUUAUUUAAAGUUAUAUCUAUCAUUUUCUAAUUCACCCAAAAGAAAAAGGACGGAUGAUUGACAGCUGUUAAUUUUAAAAUGAAUGAGUGAAUGAAAGAAUUGCCCGGGUGAAUAAAAUAGGCAUCUUGCAAAAAUGUUACCCGUUUGACGAUUCGAUUCGAUUUGAUUUUACGCCUGUUGAUUACCCGUCCCUUUCCUUUUUGGCGGAUGACAAAAUUAGAGGUAUAAUUUAAAAUAAACUUAGAUGAUGUGUACUGGGACCAGCACCAUUAUCUAUAUAUAAAAAAAAUAAUCUAAGGGCAAGUCUUUAGUGUAUAGAAAUGCAUUUAAAGUUUGAUUAUGGAACAUUAUCUGUAAUAAUGGUCUCAUAACACGUAGGUUAUAAGUGUUUAUUGGACGAAAUUAUUUAAUAUUUAGUGAUCUGUUUCAGUACCUAAGGUUAUUGAACAUUAUUACAUAAUUAUUAGUGUUUGUUGAUUAUGUAUCAUUAUGAUUGUAUUGUACUGAUUAUGGUGAAUAUUAUGUUUACGUUGGUAUUACUUGUUAAGACUACAAUAGAUUAAGAAUGAGUAAAAGUAUAAAAGAUAAUCGAGAGUAACUGGAAAUUUUAAUAAAUCUUUGUUUAAAUUCUA